GACCAUGACCCGUGGACUGUACUAUGCCGAGGCGGAAGGAUUUGCAGAUAGGACUGCAGAGUGCUGCACCAACUAAAAAGAUUUUGUGCGGCACGGUCCCAAGAACCAGCUACUGUGCCAGUGCGGACGCUACUACAACACGAUGAAUCGUCUGUCACUGCACCAGCGCGAGGAGUGUCAGGACUUUAAGCGAUUCCAGUGCGACUACUGCCUUAAGUGGUUCAAGCGGCGAUCCCAUCUGAACCGCCACAAGAAGCUGCACGAUGCCGAGCUGGCGGCAGAGCCAGCCAUUCACAAGCAAAAGCCGAAGGCCAAAACCACAAAACAGACUGCAGAUGGAGCAGGAGUAGAAGCGACGGCAGCAACAGAACUCGAGUCUCUAUACCUCUAUACGUCUGAGAUAAAAGUGGAGCAUGAGGAGGAGUUCAUUUAAGUUUUGUUAACAAUUAUUAUGCAUAUUAUAGACAAGUUCUCGUUAUUGCCAAACUCGGAAAACCAUGACUUUUGUAAAUAAAUAGAC